AUGAAUCUCCGUAAUAACCUCUUUGGCCAAGGGCCAAGAGCUUCAAGAGGGGAGCAACAACCAGCAGGUUAUGGUAGAGCUCCAGCACCUCCUCCUCGGGAAGACACUGCUAUGAGUGGCUACGAUGAGGUAAAAUAUAACCCUGCUGGACGUGGACGACAAUUGCCUAUGACCUCACCAAAAGCUGCAACGAGGCCAGCUCCUGGUAUCGGCGGUCCAAUAUCCCACAGGAGAGCACAACUAAAUAUCGCCAAAAUCGAAGAUAAAACAAAGGCGAAUCUAUACAUUUUUGGCAAUUUGUCCGCAGUAUCUCCUAUGGACUUUCCACAUAACCCAGAUGGAUCGGAUAUAUACCUUAUAUUGAAUGGCAUGUUUGUGGUUACUGCAAGGCCCCUGGAUGGCUUUCCUCCAGGAUGCAUUAGUUUGUCGGAUCCACAGCGAACGUGGUGUAAUGUUGGAAUGUUGGAUCCAAUAAUCGCAGAAACAUACGAUCCCUUCAUUCAAGGGCCUUCAGCAUAUCUUGGUGCUCUUGACGUUGAGGUUGGAUUUGCCUCGGUGAAGAAGAUCUCAGAUAUGCCCUAUGACCAGGAUGAACUGGCCAGCGUGUUCAUCAAGUGGUUCGAGAACCAAAUUUUUGCUCCUGGUCAAAGGCUGUUGAUGGAUUUCAAAAACGUCCCUUUGUCAUUUCUUGUAAAAACAGUACAGUUAUCUGACUUGAGGAUGGAAAAAACCGCCGAGCACUCUCCAACCGUCAGUGCUCCACAGGCUCGGGGUAUCUUAGUGAGGACGACACCCAUCACAUUCUACAAAGAUGCAAAAUCGCCUAUUAAGUUAAAGGGUUCGAGUAAGCGGCCGGCCGCUAAUUCUAUCAUUGCACCGGACUUCAAAUUCGAAAAUAUGGGCAUUGGUGGUUUAGAUACAGAGUUCAGUGCCAUUUUCCGAAGAGCUUUCGCUUCUCGCAUCUUUCCCCCUGGUUUAAUUGAGAAAUUGGGCAUUCAGCACGUGAAGGGUAUUCUUCUCUUUGGUCCUCCGGGUACUGGGAAGACGCUUAUUGCCCGUCAAAUUGGAAAAAUGUUGAACUCAAGAGAGCCCAAGGUCAUCAAUGGUCCCGAAGUACUUAAUAAAUACGUUGGUCAAUCCGAGGAAAACAUUCGAAAGCUCUUCGCAGAUGCCGAAAAGGAGUACAAGGAAAAGGGAGACGAGAGUGGCCUCCAUAUCAUCAUUUUCGAUGAAUUGGAUGCUGUAUGCAAGCAAAGAGGUAGUGGAUCCGGUGGUGGAACUGGUGUUGGAGACAGUGUCGUCAAUCAACUGCUGUCUAAACUUGAUGGUGUUGACCAGCUCAACAAUAUUCUUCUUAUUGGAAUGACCAAUCGUAUGGAUAUGAUUGAUGACGCUCUUCUUAGACCAGGACGUCUGGAAGUUCACAUGGAGAUUUCUUUGCCAGAUGAAGCCGGAAGAGCACAAAUCCUCAAGAUUCAUACUUCCAAGAUGUUAAAGAAUGAUGUUAUGGAUUCAGAUGUGGACGUUGCUGAACUCGCUCAUCUAACCAAGAAUUUUUCGGGAGCUGAGAUUGGUGGUCUCGUCAAAUCAGCCUCAUCAUUCGCUUUCAAUAGGCAUGUCAAAGUUGGCACCGUUGCAGGAGUUAGCGACGACAUUGAAAACAUGAAGGUUAACCGCAGCGAUUUCAUGCAUGCCCUCGAUGAAGUCAAACCCGCAUUUGGUGUGUCCGAGGAAGAACUUGAAGGUGCCAUGGCAGCAGGUAUCUUACCUUUCAGCAGGCACAUUGAAACCAUUCUCAAAGAUGGCCGUCUGUUCAUCGAUCUGGUAAGACAGUCACAAACGACGUCUCUUUUCUCAGUCCUCCUUCAUGGACCUCCUGGUGCUGGUAAAACUGCCCUUGCCGCAGCCAUUGCCAAAAGCUCGGAAUUUCCAUUCAUCAAGCUUGUUUCCGCCGAGAACAUGGUUGGCUUCGGGGAUGCCCAGAAAAUUCAAUAUCUCAACAAAGUCUUUAUGGAUGCAUACAAAUCCCCUCAAAAUAUUGUUGUUAUAGACAACAUUGAGCGUAUUAUAGAAUGGGUUCCUAUUGGUCCCAGAUUUUCUAAUGCAGUUCUACAAGCCCUCAUGGUUCUUCUCACUAAACAGCCACCAAAUCAACGUCGUCUCUUAAUCAUAGGCACUACAUCUCAACGUAGUGUCCUCAAACAACUCGAUCUCCAACCCAUCUUCAACCGUGAACUCGCAGUCCCCAACGUCAAUACUUUCAACGAGUUAGCAACUAUAUUGCGAGAAGUCCAGGCGUUUGAUAACGAGGGCGAUUUGCAAGAGUCGUUGAAUCAACUGAAACAAUAUACGGAGAGUGACAGUAUUGGCGUGGGUAUCAAAAAGGUACUUUUAGCGGUAGGCGAAGCGAAACAGGAGAAGGGUAGUGUACCAGCUAGGUUUGCCGAUAUUAUGGAACAGUUGAUCGCGAGUAGCAGGGAUUAG